AUGGACCUGCCGCCGCUUACCUCCCCUUCACCGGAGCAGCCGCCGCCGCCGCCCCCUCCUCCGCUGACGCACUCCCGCCGCGCGGCCCCGCUCGGGACCCGUAGAGCCUCCCCCGCGCGGGGGCUUGUGGGGCUUGUAGUCCGGCGCCGCAGUUCGGGCGGCCACCCUAGAACUCACACCCCCUACUCGGAAAAGGCAGUCCCCCCCAACCCGAGAAAGCUUUUCAGGGAAAUAAGGCUGGUUUCCUUUGAACCACUGAAGACAGGCCCUCGAUGCCCUAAUGCUCAGGAGAAUUUUGAAAAAAGCAAAAAUGUGACCAAGACCCUAAGAGAUAAAACUUGCAAUGAGAAACACACCAACAUUAGUGCUGCUAAACUGCCUACUGUGAUAACCAUCAAAGGAAAACAGGAGUUCCAGACCUUUCUACUAAGGGACAGGUGCAAACAUUAGCUGAGAGUUGAACUGAAGAUGGAUGAGACGACCACCUUCAGCACCACAGACUACGACUAUGCUCCAUCCUCCAUUCCUGAUUCCAUUGAUUCCUGGUAUGCCCCCAUCCUGCUUUCCAUCCUCUACACUAUGGUGUUCCUGACUGGGGUCGUGGGGAACCUGAUACUGAUGGGGAGCUUAUGUUUCAAGAGGGGCAGCAGGAGGCGGAUCGAUAUCUUCAUCAUCAACCUGGCAGCCUCCGACGUUGUCUUCCUUGUCACGCUGCCACUAUGGGUGGAUAAGGAGGCCUCCUCCGGGCUCUGGAGGACAGGCUCCUUCCUCUGCAGGAGCAGCUCUUACAUCAUCUCAGUCAACAUGUACAGCAAUGUCUUUUUCCUCACCUGCAUAAGUGCAGACCGCUUCUUGGCCAUCGUGUGUCCUCUCAGGGCCAGGAGUUUCAGAAGCAGUUGUUUUGCGGCCAAGGCCUGUAUCAGCGUGUGGCUUUUCUCUUGCCUUCUGGGAUUGCCUACGGUGUUAAAUAGGGAGUUGAAAUUCAUAGACGGAAAACCCUUCUGCAUGGACAACAAAGCCACACCUGCCAAAUGGGCUUGUGCCCUGGCGUCCUUGAUUUUCGCUUUUUUUGUCCCCUUGCUGGCAAUCCUGAUCUGCUACUUCUCCAUUAUGAGGAAGCUGUUUGUCCACUAUCAACAUUCUAGACAAACGAACCUGAGGAAAUCCAUCAAGAUCAUCUUCAUCAUAGUCAUGGCCUUUGUCUUCAGCUGGGCACCUUUUAACACGUUCAAACUUCUGUCAAUCAUCUCCGGGCUCCAGGAAGAUAGCUUCUUUUCGAGAACCCUCCAGCUGGGCAUGAAGUUCAGCAGUCCCUUGGCAUUUACCAACAGCUGCAUCAAUCCUUUCAUCUACUAUACAUUCGAUAGUUAUAUCCGCCAGGCCAUCCUUGAGAGGCUGCGUUCCUUUCUGAGAAGCCAAGACUUUAGAAGCAGCAACGAAACCUCAGAGAUCCACCUAAGACAUCCUUAA